AUGGCCACCGUUGUCGGCGGCUGCCUACUACCAGGCUUGCCGGAUGACGUGGCACUGUCAUGCUUGGCUCGCGUGCCACGUGGCCUCUAUGGAUCUCUCAAGCUGGUCUGUAGGAGUUGGCACGCCGCAAUCGAAGGGUCCGAGCUGUACACGCAGAGGAGUAACCUGGGCGCCACGGAGAGCUGGCUGCACCUCAUCCCUCUGCGCAGCCCUCACUGGUUCGCCUACUCGCCAGUGCUAUCACGCUGGUUCGCCCUGCCAUGGCGCGGGCCACGCUUCGUGCGGUGUGUGGAGGUGGUGGGUCGCUACCUCCUCGCGUUCGGCACCGACGAUGACUCGGGGGGCUCCUACCCCUUCUGCCACGUCAACAAGGUGGCAGUGUUUGACUCGUCCACUGGUCGUUGGAGCGAGGGCCCUCCGUUCCCACGUCAGCUGAAGCUGAGCGACACGAUUGGUGCGCACGGGAAGGUGGUGCUGUUCUCGUCGGUGAUUAGUCGCUCUCCUCAUCUCUCCUUUGCUCUCAACGGCGACUGGCACAUCUUCUCAGGCGCACUCCUCCCCUCUCUAGAACCCUCUAUUAUCUCUUUCCAUCCGUCCACCCACUCCUGUCGGUCAGUGCGGCGUCUACCCCUAGCGGGAGACGCCGCCCUGGCAAGGGCAAGGGGGGCAGAGGCGCUGGAGGAGUUAGCGGGGGCGGUGGAGGAGGCGGUGGAGGCGGUGGAGGGGGUGGGGGUGGCGGUGGGGGUGGUGGCGGGGGUGGAGGUGUCGGUGGCGGCAGUGGAGGCGGAGGCGGCGGCGGCGGUGGCGGUGGGAUCGGAGGUGGCGGAGGUGGCGGCGGUGGAGGAGGCGGUGGCGGUGGAGGUGGAGCUGGUCGGGGUGGCGCUGCGCAGAGGGUCGGCUCCGGUGGUGGUGUGUCCCAGGUAG